CCCAAAAUGUUUUAAAAGCAUGGAGUGGGAAUGGGAUAAGGUUUAUCUUAAUUUAUAACGGACUAAUUUCAUUGAACCCUGAAAACCAAAACAAAAUUGACCUUCUAACUAAGAACCUAGCGAUAACAACAUCAUCAUGGCGAAGGGAAAGAAGCAACUGAUGUCAUCGGCACCAUGGAGAGGCGAAGAGGACACCGAACAAUUCCCAGACGCAAACCUCAAAGUUACCAGUCAACCUGAUGGCACUUCAACUAUGCAUGUUCCUCGCUCCAAAUCCAACAAUCACAAUCAUGAUGAUGAUUUAAUUGAGAUUGAUCCUGAACUUCGAUACAGUUUCCAACGCAAUUUUCAGUUUCUUCAUAGAGUUUUUAGCAUUGACACCGUGGUGAAACCUCUCCCACCCGUCAUGGCUUACAAUGUCUCUCGCAACUUGAACUUCUUCACGCGCAUUUUCACUCAAUUCUUUGAUCCCGAAGGCAUUGCAGCUGCCCAGAAAUCCAUGGGCAUAGGACAGGAAGACAGAGAUCGCAGAGUUCGUUGAAGAUACUUGCAGAAGACAUCACAAAAUAAUUAAAAAUAAUAUGUAAGAACUAUGAAGAUAUUAUCAUUUAUGAGAAAAAUUUCGUGAUGUACUCGCAAAAUCAUUAAAGCUUGUUUGUCAUGAUAUUUACUUAUGUAUAUUACAAAUUGAGUUUGGUUAAAAUUUGAUAAUGUGUCUGCCAUUUAUUAGUUAUGCUGCAUUA